AAACACAAGCAUACAAAAACAAAAUACACAACUUGGCUGCAAUAAUAUAUGAUCAUAUCCUUUUCUACGUAUACUCUAGCUAUCUCUUCCACUCAAUCAAAUCCAUCAACAAGAACCUCACAAUUCCUCUUUAAAAACAACCCCACCCUCCUCCCAAUAGGGCACAAUGCAUCUAUACAUCACAAAAUAAUACAAUUAAUUAUAUAUAUAGUAUAGCUAGAGAAUAUAUCUUUCAUAUAUUUUUCUCUAUAUAUCUCUCUUUCUCCUUAUAGCCAAAACAAUAAUAAUAAAAUAAUAUAGCUAGUCAAUAUGGCUUCUUCUGGUAACAAGGUUUUUGCAGCCAUUGUAAUAAUGUCCAUCCUUAAUUUGCACACUUGCUACGCUUGUCACAAUACCAAUAAGUGCAAGCCACCAACACCGGCGUCAGCUCCGCCCGCGGAAUAUUGCCCAAAAGACACGUUGAAGCUAGGAGUGUGUGUGGACGUGCUGGGAUUGGUGAAUAUAGUGGUUGGUAGCCCUCCAACUACCAAAUGCUGUGCUCUCCUCCAAGGCUUGGCAGAUUUAGAGGCAGCCUUGUGUCUCUGCACAGCUCUUAAGGCCAAUGUACUUGGUAUCAACAUCAACAUACCAGUUGCUCUUAGUGUCCUCCUAAGUGCUUGCCAAAAAACACUUCCACCAGGCUUCACAUGCCAAUAAAUUAAGAUGACCACCCUACCCUUUACGUACGUAUACGUACUAAUUAAAAAGAAAAAAAUCGUCCUGGUGGUGGUACGUGUCUUGCAUGUUUUUGUUUUUAAUUGUGAUUUUCUUCUCCAAUAUUAAUUUGUUGGAGAGGGAGAUCGAGUACGUACUUAAUUAGUUAAUGUGUUUUAUUAUAUUUUAAUUCGUUUUCGAUAAUAAAGUAGGCACAUCUCUUUGCCUAUGUGUAUUGUGUAAGAUCUGGUUUUAAUGGAAUGAAUAAUACGUACGUAAUAUUUGUUAUUGCCUUCGAAA